UUAAUCCCCGCAUUCGAGCAGUUUAUGCAUAAUUAGGUCAUUUUGUGGGACAAGUGGGCAGCGAUGUUACCCCUAUGGACCCGGAAGACGGAGAGGCCCCUAGCCUGGCAGAUCAAAGACAUGGCCCGAGAUUGGGAUGGCUGCAGAGCACAUUUGAGGGAAGCCUUCAGACGACCGGAACCACCUCAGCUUAGAGUGGAAAGACGCCUGAGAAGCGGGAGGCAGAGGGAUCCUGAGCCCGCUGAGGCCAGGCCGUCACGAAGGGGGCGAAAGGCACUCGCUAGGCGAGAAAGGGAGGUUGUACCUGAAACUGAGGGGCGAGGGGCAUACCCUGAGUACAGAUUGGGACCAGUGGAGUUUCAUCGCUUUGCUGAAGGUGGGCUGGGAGGAUCACCACUGCGCCCACAGGAGGAGACACCGGUAUCUGGAGGGCCGUUGCAGGAGUUAGAGGCACACUCGGACGUCACCCAGUGGAGAGUACCGUCGAUAAGUGAGAGGCGCGAUGAGCCAAUUGAAGAGGUGCUGCGAGAAGAAGUUCCGGGCCUUGAGCAUGAAAAGGGACCAAGUACUGAGGAAGGUCGGGCUGAGGAUGAGAUCAUAGAGGUUGAGGAGGAUACUCCUCCCCAGACGCCAGUUGUGGGACUAAGGCUUGGGAGCCCAUCAGAGAGCACACCCAGCAAGGGAGAGGAGGUACCACCCCCACUGCUAGAGGUGGUUCCGUCGCCGGAAGGGAUGGAGGAAGGAGAAACUGAGAAGGCCAGCCUGAGGAGAGAGGCGGACACCUUGAUUGACAGGCAUCUGGCCGCUCACGCAUUGGAGCUCCCGGACCUGGAGGUGCCCGUGCCUAUGGAGCCGCCUCAGGAGUCAUGUUAGGUCGAGAGAGGGGUGGAAGUAGAGAUCCCAGAGAAG